GGUUCCCCGGCCGCGGUCGCCAUGGAGGAGCCGGAGAUGCAACUCAAGGGAAAGAAAGUCACAGACAAGUUCACGGAGAGCGUCUAUGUCCUGGCCAAUGAGCCGUCCGUGGCCCUGUACCGACUGCAGGAGCAUGUGCGCCGCUCUUUGCCUGAGCUGGCCCAGCAUAAGGCAGACAUGCAGCGAUGGGAGGAGCAGAGCCAGGGAGCUAUCUACACUGUGGAGUAUGCUUGCAGUGCAGUGAAGAACCUUGUUGACAGUAGCAUCUACUUCCGAAGUGUGGAGGGACUCCUGAAACAGGCCAUCAGCAUCCGAGACCACAUGAACACCACUGCCCAGGGCCACAGCCCUGAGGACCUACCCUCUCCCUCCUCAGCCUGAUCCCAGAAGAGACUUGGAGGUGCUCCAGCCCCUCUGACCAGGCCCAAUCCCAAGGACCAUAGCCCCAGGACAGAGAGGGAAGCCCACCCUACCACGUGUUAGCUGCUUGCUUGAUCCACACACGUGCUCUCACGGCUCUCACAUGGGCCUGGAAUGGCAGUCACCCACCCAGUUCUGGACCCUCGCUCCACCACCGACUUCACCACCGUUGACUUCCUACGUGACCCUGAGCCAGUCCCUCUCCCUUUCUGGUCUUUGCUUUAAGACACACUGGCUCAUCAGGCAGCAGAGUAUGUGGUAGUGGUUGAUUGUGGUGGUAUAACAAAUGAUUCCCAAACCUAGUGGUCACAGCACCAGUCAUUUAUUCACAGUUAGUUCUGUGAUUUAAGCCAGGUCACCUGGUAGCCUCUUACCCAGCACUUCUCAGAGGCAAUGUUUGGGUAGUGACCUCAUGCAUUAGGCCCUUGACAGUGCUGUUGGCUGUGGGGGUCUGGAUCUCCUCCACAUGGCUAUAGAGCAGGCCUACCAAUCUUCUGGAAGCUGGGCCCUCAUGUUCAUCCAACCCAUUAGCCUAGGACCACUGGUCAGGACCAGUCACAUGGCCAGGCCCAGUUAGGGGUGUGGAUGCCCAUUCCACACAGGAAUGUGGCUGGCCUUGUGGGGAAAGCAUGGCACCAAGAACAGCUGGUGGGACAUUAUUCUGUGCAUGCAGGUGGAUGUUGUCUGAUGGCAAUGCGGAGAGACUGUGAACCCCAGCUGUGCAGCUCCUGGAGCCCAGCCUGUGCUUUGUUCCCUGUCAGGGGUCAGGAGAAUGAUGGAGACAGGCCCCCAGACCCUAGAGAAGCAGCUCCAAGAGGCAGCUGAGUUCACACAUACAGUCAGGGGCGCCUGCCUUGUAUCAAGCUAAGCUGUGGGCCUGGGGGCAAUGAGUAAUCCCACAGACCGGGGACCUGGGGUCUGGAGCAGGGGGUCUGCCUGCCAGCCCGCCUAGUGCCUCACAGCAGUGCCUGCCUACCCUGAACCACACCGCACCAUCUCUUUGUCCCAUCCCUUGCACCUUGGUCUCCCCUCACCCCUUGAGCCUCAAGGAUGCUGCCCUGCCCACAAGUCUGUCAUCUGCUGUUCUUCUUCCUGACCUCCAUCUGAUCCUUCCCAGAAUCGAUACCCUCAGUUCACCAUUCCUCCCCACUCUGCCCCCCACUGGGGUUAUUGGUGACCCUCAUGAGGUCAAGUCCUCUGCCCUCACCUGCCUCUUAAGUCCUAAGACCCACAACAGCCCAUUUUACAAAAGAGGAAACUGAGGCUCAGAGAAUCAGGGUUGCCUUUUGCCCCCACCUCCCACCUGACCCUUAGACAGUCUUGUAGGACCUGGCUGGGACUGAAGGUCAAGCAAGUGUGGCCAGCAUUUCUCUCCUGCUCCUGCCUGGAACGUCAGACCAGCUGUGAAUAUCUUAAGACCAGGCUUUGCUGCCUUGUCUUUCCCACUUCCCUUAAGCUAUGGACACAGUCAUGGCCACAGCCAUAACUCCUUGCACCAGUAACCACCACCAUGACUUCCAACCAAACUCUGUGUGCCCAGUGUUGUGCUGGGGGCUUCUCAGGAGUCAUCUUUCAUCAGCCCUGUAAGGCAGGUGUCACCCCCAUAUGCAGAUAGGAAAAUAGGUCUGAGAGAUAGUGUGAUUUGUGCAAGAUCCUAUAGCCAGAGUGUUACAGGGCAUGUUGGGCGCCAAAUCUGUUACAGGACAGAGAGAGGGGCAGCCCAAACCACACAAACCUGCCUAUUUUAAAUGGGUUCUGCCAUCCACCACAUCAACAAAAAACAUGAGACUUUAAUGGGAAGGAACUUUAAUACAAUUUGGAAACAAUACAGGAAAGGCAAAGAAUCUAGUUUUUAAAUCAAGCACCCAAAAUUACCCGUCCUCUUGUGGGUAAAACUCCAUCCAAAUGGGAUUGGCCCAGAGCAAGGCCCCAAAGCCUGCCACAAGUCUAAAGCAUCUUCCAGUGGGGACCCACAGAAAAGGGUCAGAAACAAUCAGACAAGCCCAGAAGGAAAAGAGCAAAAUUAAAAUCAAGAUGAAAGCCGCCAUUGUCACCUCCCCUCAGGUCUCACCCACAUCUGUGUCACCCAGUCCACAACCUAAAGGCAAGCGCAGUUUCUUCACGUGUCUCUAGGCUCCAUGUGCCUCCACCAGGUCUCCUUCUGGCUCCAUCCUGCUUCCUUCCUCAGUCUCCUCUGCAGCUUCUUCUCUCCCUGCUCAGCUCCACCCUCCCUUGCGUGGGACAGGGAACCUGGAACCUCCCCCUUUCCUGGGGACCACCCUGUUACAAGAGGACUAACCUGGUUUGGUUCCAGCCCUGCCUAUGAUUUCCUGGCGACACAGCACCAGCCCUCCUUUGCUCCAUCUGCACAAGGAAAGCUGGAUUGUAUCUUCUCUCCAGGCGGACAUUCAUGUAUCUACCUACCUACUUGGCCUGCACUGUGCCUCAUGCAGAAACACCUACCCCACCCUCAGGCCUCAUGAAGAUACCACCUCUAGCUCCUGGAGUGGAUGUGGGACCUCCACCUGGCUAUUCAGACCAUGAUCUCCCAAAUUGCAAUCACUGGAUCCAGAUGGGCAUGUAGCCCAAUGAGAAGUUUUGCCUAGGAAUUUUGCCUGGGAAAGGUACCAUCUUCCUAUUAGGGUUGAUCUGGCAAAUAGAGGAGGACCUAAGAACAUUGCCCAGGGCCCUGGAUCCAGCCACACCUGACACUUGAAAUCAUGAUUCUUCAGUUUCUUGAGUCCCUAAAUUACUUCUUAUCAAAAUUGCUUUGAGUUCAUUUCUGCUGACUGCAGAAGAGCCCAUGCUGAUCUCAUUAAUUCCAAGGCUAGGCAAUUAUGUUCCAUGGUUUGUAUGUCCCCAAGGCCAGCUGUGUGUCAAUGCAGUGUCCAGUGAAUGUACCAGGAACAUCAAAAUAGAGUUGUUUGGAAUAUAACCAAGAUGGCCCAGGCCCCCUGCUCUGAGAGCAUCCACUAGCUUGGCACUGGGAGGUGUCUGGGGCAGAGGGAUGGCAAAGGCCAGUGGCACCCUAAGGGAGACAGAAAGGGUCCUGAGGGUGUAUCAAGGCUCUGGAAGGGCCUGAGAGCCCAGGAGGGGUUUUAGAGACAGGUGUUAAGGAAGGACUGUGAGGAAAUGGAGGUCAACCGUGUCACCCCUCCUAGGGUGUAUUGGUUGUGGGGGCGGGGCCCUCUGUGCUUUCCUCAUUGCCCUAGCUCAAUUUGAGGGGUGGGAGGAGCAUUAGGAUGAUCCCAUUUUAAGCCCUGAUUGGGUGUGUGACCGCCCCCACACACAUCACUUCCCGCUGUACCUACUCUGAAGGCACCUCUUCUUGUCCUUCCAUUUAUCCACCAUGCAGCCAUUUAGCCAGCAAACAUGGAUAGCUUUCUGUGAGUCAGGCCUUGCACAGGCAAUCCCCAGGUGACAGACUAACCCUGGCCUAAGGGAUCAGGUCAGAGGCAGAUGGGCAGCUUAGUAGGAUAACAGCAUACUUCCCAAGAGCUGCCUUGGUGGCUAGCCCUGUGAGCUAGUGGGGAGGGGCAACUGUGAGGUGUCCCAGGACUCCCCAUCACCCACAGCCUUUGGUCAUGACCUCUAUUAGCCAGGACUGAUAGUUCUCUCAGAGAGGUCUGGGCAAGGUUCUGACUGUCAGAUCCCCCAGCACCCAAGUCCCAGGGGCUCUCUUUAUGUUGCUAAUUUAUACCUUAUUUGCAUACACAUCUUGCCCUUUACGCUUGGUGGGAGCUCCAACUAGCCACUAGGGGGCACAAGAGGCAAAGGCUUGGCCAGGUAUUGGGCAGUCAUUGUCCAAAUUUGGACCCAUGGGGACAUGAAGGUUGGGGCAGGUUACCUCCUGCACUUAACCACCCUAUAUGUCUUCGGUCCUACUUUUCAGAGCCAACAAAGGCUCCACAGGACCAGAUUACACAGCAGAAACUCACACUGCCGCCAGGAGGAAAGACCCUAGAGAGGGUUUGGCAUUCUCAGACCCCCAGUAGGAAGGACUUGCUCCUAGCAGAACCAAGUUAGAUGAGCAGCUGGGAGAAGAGUAGGCUCCCAUGCCACUGCACAUCUGAACAGGAUUCAUAAGGAUAGGGUUCUCCUCAGACCUGGAGGGGACCUCGGGUAAGUGUGGGCCAUCCAUCCUCCUUAGAACUCCUGGGUAAAGUAAAAAGGAGGCCCACAGGGCCAGUGACAUGCCUCCAGUUGGUCCUCAGUGGUCAGGACAGGUAUCAGAGUCAGUUGUGGCUUUUUGUCCCUAGACCCUGAUUCAAGCUGGGUUUUCAGGCUUGCUCAGCACUCCUAGCGCUCCUAUCCCUGGGAAGCACUUUCCCUGUUCUGCACCCAGUGAGGUCUCUGGAUGCCCCUCCACCAGUCAUACCUCUCUAGGGUUCCCCAAUUUGUCAAGAAACCCAUGGAAAGAGCCAUUUGGUUCCACCACACCAUGGGAAAGAUAGAGCUGAAUCCCCAACACCCUGGGUCAGCACUGGGCUGCAAAACAAAAUGCGGGUAUUGGAACCCCAAAUGGAAGAGGGAUGGAGAAGGUUUUAGAGGAGAACAAUUGGAGAUGGGCCUUGAAAAGCUCCCCCCACCCCCUGCCCCAAGAGAAGGGGCUGCUAUUGUCUCCACUUAUCACUUGAGCAGACAGAGGAGUGAAGUGACUGGUCUGACAUAGGAGUCAGAGCUGGGAGAGGGACCCAGGGUUCUCUUAAUCCCGAGGCCCUGCCAGUUGGCUCACAUUGUCUUUGCCAAAGAGGGUCCUUCGAAGUCUUCGCCUGCUGACUCUGUGAGAGAUAGACUGAAUGAGGGGGGCUUGAGGAGAAUAGCUUCUUGAAUUCGUUACCCCCCUAACCUGCCUCUUCCUUCUUUCUCCUGCCCCCCCCCCAACUUCCUGGCCCACCCCUCUGGUCCUUCCACACCUUUCCCCCUCCCUCUUCCCCGCCCCUCAGGCCUCCCUUCCACCUUUAACCUCUUUCUCCACUCCUAACUACCUCAUGGGAGAUGGAGAUCCAUCCACACAGGUGUCAUAGUGAUGGGGAGGAUAUAGGACAGGAACAGGGCAAAGGCAGAAAGGUGCAUUGUUGUAGGAAACAGAGUGUGAAAGGAGCUAGAAUUUGACCAGCAUGGGAAGGGGGCAUGGAAGCAUGAA